CCUGUAACCUACCCCUUCAGAGCUGAGGGAAUAUAUCGCGCUCGUUUCAAUACAGUGUUUUGUUAUCCUUUACCAUAAUUGACACGAAUAAUAUACCGCCGCUAUGUAUGCUAAUCACCAGUCGUGGUCAUGCGAUCUGGACAGCCCAACGGCGACCAGCAGUCGAGCCUCGGAAUUUCGGCGACGAACAAGUGAGCUGGUCCGCAGCACGAGCUCUCAACUGUCUAGCAGGCUUUCAACCGGUUCGCUCACUACGCACAAGAACCCAUCCGCAAGCGUUGGUAGAACGUCCGCUACCCUUGCGAACCACAGCUCGAAACGGUCAAUUUUGGUGAAUUCCGUUCCAGAGGCGGCGCAGACCGAAGACAAUCAAGAGGAUGACGCGACAUCCGAGUCGGACAUCGAAGCCAUCGAAGACGGCGAUGAUGUAGUGCACGACAGGGGCGACAGUCUUCGUGCCAGUCAACGUAACAUGAUACACUCUCAUCACGAGGACGCUACAAACGACAGCGAACCUGAGAUAGCCAGCCUGAAAUCGCGGCUCGCAGCUGCCAGCAUCGAUAAUGUCGCGGGAUCGUCUUUCAUCCCCAUCGGCAGACUCGAUGAUCUGUUAACCGAAGAAAACGUCAAGCGGGAAUUGCUUCAAACGGUGCCGGAAAUAUCAGCUCCAGCGAUGAAGCAGAUUUUGGAUGAAGUCUGCUUUCGCACCACACCCAACCCUGUUGGUGUUAAAGGAUCUGCUGUCAUAUCUCAGGGGUCAAUGAAGAAAAUCUUUGCAGUUCUCGUCCUCCUUGGCCGAUCUGCUGACAUCAACAAGUUCAUAUCGGCGGAUGUUCGAGAUAGAGACCUCCCCUUCUCUGAGGAUCAACUAAAAGGGGAAAACCGGGACGUUGAGACUCACAAAGCCGCUGGCGAAGGGAAGAAAAAAUCAUUGCCGGACUUGAGCCACUGGCCAUCUGAUGCUCUCGAAGAGUUUCGCAAUGUCCAAUGGAAGCUUAUGAGCCCAUUCUUCAGCGGAGGUUCCAGAGCCUUGUCAACGACAUAUCACUACCAAUUGUCUGACAAUACCGUGCUCCCAUUCGUCUUGGACGAUCCAGAAACAUCGGAUUCAAAGAUUUCGGGGGGGUUUGGUGAGGUCCGGAAAGUUAAUAUUCACCCGUCACACCACAGCUGGAAGGAUCCAGGGGUACAGUCGCUUGGCAACACCAUUUUUGCUGUGAAAAAAAUCCGGCAUGGCAAUCAGGAAGACUUCAACCGAGAGGUUUCCGCUUUGAAAAGAUUCAGUGGACGCCAUGACAAUCUUGUUGAACUCCUCGCGACAUUCAAACACCAGGGAUCCUAUCACUUGAUAUUUCCCUGGGCUGAUGAGGGAAACCUCCUCGACAUGUGGAAAUCCACCCCCGAUUCUAUGAAUCGAAUAGCCAAUGCCAAGUGGAUGUUGGACCAAUGCCUCGGGAUCGCACGAGGUCUGGCACUCAUCCACAACGAGGCCAGGUUCAAGUCUGGCGAGAACGGGGAAAACCAUGCUACAUAUACAUGCAGACAUGGAGACAUAAAGCCUGAAAACAUCUUACAUUUCAGAUCGGCGGAUUCUGAGCUGGGGGUGCUAAAGAUAAGUGAUUUUGGCCUGUCGCGGUUUCAUCGCACCGCCGAGAAACGGCCAAGGAGGCUGGUUGGCACAGCAACGUACCGGCCUCCAGAAUGCGACAUCCCCGACGCAACGAUAUCAUCGAGCUGGGAUAUCUGGUCCCUCGGAUGUGUGUAUCUCGAAUUCGUUGCCUGGUUUCUGCAGGGGGCAGAGGCAGCGGGGAAGUUUCGUACUUUCCGAACGGAGAGUCUGCAAUCGGCCCAUACGCUGUCAACCAAGCACAAAGACGGAGACGAUAGCUUCUUCAUCAUUCGAACCGACAGAAAUGGUGGGGGGAUCCAAGCCGAUCUCAAUCCUGCUGUCGUUGAGUGGCUGAACACUUUGCGCCGCCAUCCAAAUUCUUCUCAGUCCAUCAUUGAUUUACUCGAUUUGAUUGAGAACGGAAUGUUGGUCACGAAAUCAGAGAAACGCCUUAGCUGCGACGAUUGUGUCCACGGCCUGGAGACUAUUAUCACAACAUGGGAGAAAGAUCCUCAGUAUGGGAGGUCUAGGGCCAGAAUUCGCCAACACUUGAUGAAGUCUGUCGAGAAGGUCGGUAGUGUUUACGAAGAACACGAUGGGUGGAAAGGUAUUGAGAACUUGAGACUGGUGUCUCGGGAUGACCAAGCCAACUCGUUAUCUUGGUUUGAUAAGUCAAGAACAUGGCUUGAACAACACCUAGGCACUGAAGUUGAUUGGCGACCUUUACCUCCAGUUAAGCGACAGCUGCUCCCAUUCCAUGCGGAAUUAAAGUGGGAGUAUUCUGGGCGAGAAAUGUCGAUUGAUCUCGAUCCUCACGCAGCUCAACGUUGGAGAAAGAGCUCGUACAAUCGCGGCAGCACAAUCCUCCCGUUCUGGCAACCACCAAAACCUCCAGCGGCGGGGGCUGCAAGUACUUCGACCACGAGUACAACUAGUAGGAGCAGAUUUUCAUCAAUCUCUACCUGGGUCUCGUGGAUACCGACAUUUCGGGCCAAGACUGGACCAAGCGUGUCAGAUCCCCGAAAGCCCCCUCUGACUGGAUACUGGAGGGAGUCGUACCUCUGCGUUGACAAAUGCUGGACUAGCGCAACCGAGACAAACAUGAGUACGCUCGCCUCGCUGGACUCCAUGUCUGAUGACUUUGAGCUUUUCUCCGAAGCUCGAAGGGUGCUGUGUUGUGCUCAAGGUGGCCGGCUGCAGCGAUUCUUGUCAUGGAGGUCUUACACUCGUGUUAAUUUCGCCAAGUUUCACUUCCUCUUCAAUAACAGCGACCGCGUAAAGGCUUUCGACUGUUCAACGUUGGGCGCCAUCCACAACAUCUGCCAAGGAUAUGAGUACACAAGCCAGCAGUCUAUCGGCAUUGACAUUCACAUGCGCAUUAUUGCCGAGAUUAUCCUCUACGGCAUUCGCUGCCCAAGCCUUGGUCGAGGUCAAAGGACCGUAUUGGAUGGCAUUCCCAAGCUGAAAGCACCACCCGGCCUGAAGAAGCAGGCUCUGACACCCGGCUGGGGCUUCCAUGCCGGCCAGGGCCCAUGUUUGAAGAAGAUCAUCACUUGGGUCGCCGCGGUUCUGACCUUCGGGUUAUCGUUCGUUCCCAUCUGGCUCUCUUCCAUCAGCAAUAUUGAUUUGCAAAACGCCUUCGCCCCAGUCACCUUCCUAGCCACGCUUCUUGGCAUCAUCUUGGCCAUUGUUGUUGUCGGCGCUUCUUAGCGCAACGGAUCGCUCUGAUUUCCUCGCCUGCGUACAUGUAUAUACAGUAUUAGACAACAAUAUUGGGGGUUUGGGGGCCGUGAUACCAGUGUGAAUACAUUAUGGCAUUUAGAUGUACUUUUGUAGCUGCGUGUUUUCAUUCUACAUAGCCUUGUUGAGAGACUCGUCCGUGGUUACAGUGUCUUACACAUAAUUUCCUCUUGGAAAAGGAAUUGAUAUAGUCACCAAACGAAGGAGGG